AUGUCUGCUACCAACGGUGUCAACGGCAACGGCAUUGCCAGCCGCAAGCACUUCAACGAGGGCAACUUCCUCUUCACCUCCGAGUCUGUCGGUGAGGGUCACCCCGACAAGAUCGCCGAUCAGGUCUCCGAUGCCAUCCUCGACGCCUGCCUGAGAGAGGACCCCCUCUCCAAGGUCGCUUGCGAGACCGCCACCAAGACCGGUAUGAUCAUGGUCUUCGGUGAGAUCACCACCAAGGCCAAGCUCGACUACCAGAAGGUUGUCCGUGACGCCGUCAAGGACAUCGGCUACGAUGACUCCGCCAAGGGCUUCGACUACAAGACCCUUAACCUGCUCGUCGCCAUCGAGCAGCAGUCACCCGAUAUCGCCCAGGGUCUCCACUACGAGAAGGCCCUCGAGCAGCUCGGUGCCGGUGACCAGGGUAUCAUGUUCGGAUACGCCACCGACGAGACCCCUGAGCUCUUCCCCCUCACCCUCCUCUUCGCCCACAAGCUCAACGCUGCCAUGUCUGCUGCCCGCCGUGACGGCACCCUCCCCUGGCUCCGCCCCGACACCAAGACCCAGGUCACCAUCGAGUACAAGCAUGACAACGGUGCCGUUGUUCCCCUGCGCGUCGACACCAUUGUCGUCUCUGCCCAGCACGCUGAGGACAUCACCACCGAGCAGCUCCGCAAGGAGAUCAAGGAGAAGAUCAUCAAGAAGGUCAUCCCUGAGAAGUACCUUGACGACAAGACCGUCUACCACAUCCAACCUUCCGGCCUCUUCAUCAUCGGUGGUCCCCAGGGUGACGCCGGUCUGACCGGUCGCAAGAUCAUUGUCGACACCUACGGUGGCUGGGGUGCCCACGGUGGUGGUGCCUUCUCCGGCAAGGAUUUCUCCAAGGUCGAUCGUUCCGCUGCCUACGUCGGUCGCUGGAUCGCCAAGUCCCUUGUCAACGCUGGCCUUGCCCGUCGUGCCCUUGUCCAGCUUUCCUACGCCAUUGGUGUCGCUGAGCCCCUUUCCAUCUACGUCGAUACCUACGGCACCUCCGACAAGACCUCCGAUGAGCUCGUCAAGAUCAUCCGCGACAACUUUGACCUCCGCCCCGGUGUCAUUGUCCGCGAGCUCAGCCUGGACCGCCCCAUCUACCUCCAGACCGCCAAGAACGGUCACUUCGGUACCAACCAGACCUUCACCUGGGAGCAGCCUAAGACUCUCAAGUUCUAA